AUGUCUGGUGUUCUUCCUCACUCAAUCAGAGUCCAUCUAAGCUAUUCAUCACCUCACAGCUUCAAGAAACAGCCGCCUCCUUCACCUCUUGCUAUCUCUUUACCUCAAUCGUCGUCUUCUUGCUUGAAGCAUGGAGAUGGGUCCAGGCUCUUGCUCCGAAGAAACGGGCUACUUCUUGCGCGGGCCGAAGAUAGGGCCCGGGAUAUUUCUUCUAAUUUGUCGAAUCGACCACAGCCCAGCUCAGAGGAAUUGAGUCCACCUGGAACAUGUGAUCCUUUGUGUUCUGUUGAUGAGACGAGCUCCGAAGAAUUCGAAGCCAAUUAUCAACCAAAGACAGAUUUUGUUAAAGCUCUUGCGAUUCUUGCAGCUGCUGGAACUGGAACAUUAGCAAUUAAUCAUUCUUGGGUGGCUGCGAACCAGGAUCUUGCAAUGGCGUUGUUGUUCGGAAUCGGUUAUGCUGGAAUAAUAUUUGAAGAAUCACUUGCCUUCAACAAAAGUGGGGUGGGACUUUUGAUGGCUGUUAGUUUGUGGGUUAUAAGGAGCAUUGGGGCCCCUUCAACUGAGGUUGCUGUUUCCGAGUUGUCUCGCGCAUCAGGCGAAGUCAGCGAAAUAGUGUUUUUCUUGCUUGGUGCAAUGACCAUUGUGGAAAUUGUUGAUGCUCAUCAAGGUUUCAAGCUGGUGACGGACAAUAUCACAACCCGCAAACCAAGAACUCUUCUUUGGGUGAUAGGUUUUGUAACUUUCCUCCUGAGUUCAGUACUCGACAACUUGACAUCUACUAUUGUCAUGGUGUCUUUGUUGAGAAAGUUGGUACCACCCUCAGAAUACCGAAAGAUUCUGGGUGCUGUGGUUGUUAUAGCAGCAAAUGCGGGUGGAGCAUGGACACCUAUUGGAGACGUUACAACCACUAUGCUAUGGAUACACGGUCAAAUAUCCACAUUGCAGACAAUGAAGGACUUGGCAAUACCAUCAGCUGUCUCACUGGCUGUUCCUCUAGCCCUUAUGUCCCUCACCAGUGAAGUUAAUGGGAAAGGUCAGAGUUCGGCAGAUGUUUUGGCAUCCGAACAGAUGGCUCCUCGAGGAAAGCUCGUGUUCUCGGUAGGAAUUGGUGCGUUGAUGUUUGUCCCUGUUUUCAAAGCUUUGACUGGCUUACCACCUUACAUGGGAAUGCUGCUUGGACUCGGGGUCCUUUGGCUCCUAACUGACGCCAUUCACUAUGGUGAAUCUGAGAGACAAAGGUUAAAAGUACCACAGGCUUUGUCAAGAAUCGACACUCAAGGAGCUCUUUUCUUCCUUGGUAUCCUUUUAUCUGUCAGCAGCCUGGAGGCCGCAGGUAUUUUGCGGGAAAUAGCAAAUUACCUUGACACCCACAUUCCGAAUAUUGAGCUGAUCGCAAGUUCGAUUGGAGUUGUGUCGGCUAUAAUAGACAAUGUCCCAUUGGUAGCUGCAACAAUAGGAAUGUAUGAUCUUUCUUCUUUCCCACGCGAUUCCGAGUUCUGGCAGCUCGUGGCCUAUUGUGCUGGCACAGGUGGGUCAAUGCUCGUCAUUGGCUCAGCUGCUGGUGUCGCGUUUAUGGGGAUGGAGAAAGUGGAUUUCUUUUGGUACCUACGCAAGGUGAGUGGCUUUGCUUUUGCUGGAUACGCUGCAGGUAUCGCGGCAUAUUUGGCAAUGCACAAUGUCUUCAACUUCACCCUGCCGACAACGCUUGCUAAUGUCCCUUUCCUCUCGGGUUCAUAG